AUGCAGAGAAAAAGCUUUUCUCCUUAUUCCUCUUUUCUCCCUGCCAAGCCAGCCCGGCUUCCCGGGCCCGGCUUCCAGAGUGCUGAAGAAGGAUGGGCCAGUGGGUGUGGGCGCCUCCGGGAGUGGCGGCCAAAUACUACUAGUCCCACAAGCCACCGGGGGCGAAAGGAGGGACCCGGGGGUGGGGGUGGGGUGGGGGGGAACCGACAGGCAGGGUCCGGGCGGCAGCGGCAGCGCCAGCCGCCUGCCUCUGGUGAUACUCGGAGCUGCCCAAGCCCCAGCUGCAAGCGCAUGCAGGUCUGGGGCCAGAGCGCAACCCGGGUGUCCGAAGGGCUCUCUCUGCAGAUGCCAGUGACAUUCGAGGAUGUGGCAGUCUACUUCUCCCAGGAGGAGUGGGCAGUACUGGACCAACAACAGAAGGAACUUUACCAGGACGUGAUGAGGGGGACCUAUGAGUUGGUGACCUCGAUGGGUGAGGGCGUUGAUUACUUGCUUGGUAGCUGUCCAGUCGGGAAUCCCCAGGAGGAAGAGCCAUGGAUGAGGGACUCCCAGAACCACAGAAGAGACCUGAAUUGCCAGUGGGGCCCUAGGAAUGAGAACAGAAAUGAGAAGGUUAAAGAUGUUGGAGACAAUAUGGCAGAUCCAGAGACAUUUACAUUCUUGAUGAAGUCAGAGGAUGUUAUCCAGGUCCCCCUAAAGCUGAAAAACAGUAGUAGAGAAAGGUUCUGGAAAAAACAAGCCUAUGGAGGAAGGCCUAGUGUGCCCCAAAGGCCACUGGGGAAAAAGAAGCCCCCAACAUGUGCUGAAUGUGAUAAAAGCUUCAAAAGCAACACAGCCUUGAUCAUCCAUGAGCGCAGCCACACAGGGGAGAGGCCUUUUAAGUGCCCCGAGUGUGGGAAAGGUUUCCCUUCGAAGGGGGACCUGAAGCGGCAUGGAAAGAUCCAUGGAGAGAAGCAUGACAGAAUAGGAGAGAUGCUCAGAGAUGCCCCUUCAGAGCAUGCCCUUGCCAAGCACAGAAGGCCUGCCCCCAGGAAGCCCCAUGUCUGCCUCCAGUGUGGGAAAGGCUUCAGAAAGGGCCGGAACCUGAAGAAACACAUAAAGGCCCACCUGGCAGAGAGGCCCUUUGUCUGUGGGGAGUGUGGCCAGCGCUUCCGCCUCAAGCAGAUCUUGGUGUCCCACCAGAGGACCCACGUGGGGGAGAGACCCUACUGCUGCCCUCAGUGUGGGAAGUGCUUCAGCCAGAAGCACCAUCUCAGGAGCCACCACCGAGUGCACACAGGGGAGAGGCCCUUCGCUUGCUCCCUGUGCUCCCGGUGCUUCAGCCAGAAGCACCACCUGGUCAGCCACCAGCGCAUCCACACAGGUGAGCGUCCCUUCACCUGCAUCAGCUGUGGCAAGAGUUUUAAGGACAAGAAGACACUGACCAUCCACUGCAGGGUGCACACAGGUGAGCGACCAUACACGUGCUCUGAAUGUGGGAAGGCCUGUAGCCAGAAGCAGCAUUUGAAAAGCCACCUGCGGGUGCAUCGGGCAGGGAGCCAACGACUGCUCCCAUCACGCCCAGAAGAAAAACCCUACCAGUGCAAGGUGUGCGGGAAGGCCUUCCGGGACAAGAGGAUUAUGCUGACCCACCAAAAGACCCAUGAUGAAGAACCAAGACACUUCCCAGUGCUGGGGAUUGUGACAUUCCAAAAGAAGGGACCCCUUCUGUGAAGUAAUAACGUAACUAUUCAUGCCAUGGCCAGUCACUAAAAGAGGCAUCGAAUGCAACAGCUUCAGAGAGCUAGCUGAGAAGAUCACCAUGGGGUCUGAACGCUUGGGAGUUUCCAGGGGGAUCAGGUCACUGUAGCUCCUUUCUUUCUCUCACAAGCAGGAUGAGAAUAGGCUGGCUAUCCCACAGGCCACCAGAUAGGGGCCUAGGGAAGAAGAAAUUCUCGCAGGUGAUAUGCUGAAGGCUUUUACCUGGGGUCAAAGAUUAGCAGUCAUCAGUUUGGGUCUCCCCUUAGAACAGGGAUAUAAGCUCCUCAUCUUCAAGAAGUCACUUGAAGAUCUUUUAGAAAGGAAGUUAGAGAGAUCUCCUCAUUCUCUUCUCCACCAUGUGAAAAAUUGCUGGGACAAGGUCCAAAUAGCUCUCAUUUGAGGUCUAGGCUGAAAAUAGUGUGAUUUAUGCUUACAUUUGGAUAGAAAAGGGUGACCCUCCCUGGUCACCAUCAAAAAUCCAAAUCCACCAUCUUUCUUUUCCUGAAGGGCAGCAAUAUGGUGCAAAAAUUACUGUUAAUGAUCUGGGGUCAGGGUCCUUGAGUUCCACCCCAGUGGAGCAAGUCACUUGACCACUUUGGGCCUCGGUUUCCUCAUCUGUAAAAUGAGGGAGUUGGAUUAGAUGACCUGUCAGGCUCCUUCUAACUUUAAAUCUAUGAUCCUUAUGAUCUUAGAUUUUUGUGUGGUUGAUUCCAGUCCUGUUUUAUGAACAUGUAAGCAGAGUCGAACAUUGGUUGGUCCUCACUCUUCCAUAGUACAGUUUUACCAUAUCUUCAUUUCUAGCUCUCUCUGCUGUUCCAUGAUUUACUAUCUUAUUUCCAGGGUAAGGAGGAGACUUUUGGAAGGGGUAAAGUGGGUACAGUCUGGUGCAAGGCAAAGGUUGUUGGAUUAGGAGCCAGGAGACUAAAGAUCUAGCCCAAGUUCUUCCACAAACUACGGGGCAAAUCCCUUUGCUUCUCUGCUAAAUGGUUCCUCCCUCCUAGACCUCCAAGUCACUGCUCUUCUUUGGUCAGUAGAGGGUGUCCAAACCCCUGAGAAUCACAAGUAGUUCUAGAAGCUAGAUGGGCAUGGACCAGGAUGGAUUGGCUAUUGGGAUACCACACUUUUGUGGAAUUCAGGAAGGUUGGAUUAACUUCAUGCUGUUAUCAGACAACUGGGUCUGAAAUAGAGUUGACCAAGAAGGGACUGAUUAGGGAAAGCUAAGCAAAAGGGUGAUUGACUGAUUUUGAGUGCUGAAUCUUUAGCCCAAGGAGUUCAGGGGACUGCUAUGUAAUAGUACUCCAUGCCCUCUUUCUUUCCUUCUUUCGUUUCCUCCUUCCAUCUUUUUACUCCUUCUUCCCUCCAUCCCUCCCGUUCUUCCUUUUUACUCCAUCUCUAUGGCUCCCCUCCCCAUGCCUCUAAUUUUCAGGACCAAAGUGCCCCUCUCUGGCCGCCACUCCCUUUUGUGUUGUCUCUUCCAUUAAAAUGUUAGCUCUUUGAAAAUAGAGUCUUCAGGGACAGCUAGGUGGCGCAGUGGAUAGAGCACCGGCCCUGGAGUCAGGAGUAGCUGAGUUCAAAUCCGGCCUCAGACACUUAACACUUACUAGCUGUGUGACCCUGGGCAAGUCACUUAACCCCAAUUGCCUCACUAAAAAAAAAAAAAGAAAAGAAAAUAGAGUCUUUGUCUCUGAUAUUUGUAUCCCUAGGACUUAGCACAGGGUUUGGUGAAUGUGCUUUUGCAUUCAUUCCUCCUAUCCUUCUUUCAUCUUUCUCUCAAUCCUUCCCUAUCUUCCCUCCCUCUUUCUCUAUUUCUCCUUUGAUCUUCUAUCCAUCUUUAUUCCUUUAUGCUGUUUCAUUCCUUCUAUCUCUUCUCCCUUCCCCCACCAUCCUCCUUCCCAUCCCUUCUGUCUCGUCUCUCCUCGAUCCCAACCUUCACAAUUCACAACCACUGGAGGGCAGAGCAGCAGGUAACAUUGGGUAUCAGAAGAGGAGGAGCCCCCAUUUGCUGGAAUCUUUGUGAAACAGAGAUUCCCCCCUCUGUCCCAAGGCUCUCUUCCUGCCCUCACUCCCCCCCCCCCCUUUUUUUUUUCUCCCAGUGCUCUCAUGCUUUCUGGACACCUCUUCUGUGAUCAACUCAAAUUUCAUACAGUGGGGUUUCCAAGCAAGUUUCUUUAUCAGAAGAAAGCAAAUAACACCUACCAGCCUGCUUCUGGAGACUUGCAAUGAGCAGCAAAUGACAUAACAUAGAUGAAAAUGAAAGUACUUUGUAAAUUAUUGCAAAGAGCAAGAAGAGGGUUAUUAUUAUUAUUCAUACGAAGGGAUUUAUUAGGAACUAACCUGAUUUCUCUCCCAGGGACAUUUACAUUUUACUGAGGUGUGUGUACAGAGUAAUACACAACCCAAAGGAACAAAUUACCUUUAGUGGAAUACAGGAUAUUGAGCUAGGUGGGGAAGGAAGUAUUUAGAGCUUGGGGGGGACCUCCGAACCCCUCAAAUUACAUCACAUCCUAUACCUUCAAAUGAAGUCAACUUUGUUCCUAUACUGUUUGGUCCUAUACUGUUCAUCUCUCUCCUGUUUCAUUCACCCAAAGGCAGCAUAGUACAAUUCAACUAUGACAUAUUUCAAAAUCUAACCUUCAGGUAUAGACCAUGUUAACUGAUUUUGUAAAAAUCCAAUAUGCAAUUCAGUGUUGUAGAGAGCAGUACACUCCAAAGGAACACUGUUCUAAAUGUGCAAUCUCCUGAAAGGGGUUAUGACCACUUUGUGAUUUGUACAGUGGUUGUUUUACAGAUGUUGCUGCAAAAGGACAUAGGUCAGGGCAAAUUUCAAAUUCACUGUUGUAUACACCAUAGGGAAAGGAAUGAUGCAUUUAUGUAACACUGUGCCAAGCACUGUACCAAGCACUUUACAAAAAUCUUAUGAUUCUCACAGCAACACUGCAAAAUAAGUGCUGUUAUUAUCCCCAUCUUAUAGUUAAGAUGGGGCAGCUAGGUGGUGCAGUGAAUAAAGCACCGCCCCUGGAUUCAGGAGUACCUGAGUUCAAAUCAGGCCUAGA